AUGCGCCCGCCGAGGACCACAACCGCAAGCUCACCCUCCUCCUUCGCGGUCGCGGCGACAACCACCACAGUCAUGGCCACCUCCGACCUCCCGUCCCUGCCAUCCCCGCCAGCCUGGCUCCUCCCGUUCGCGAUCAUCACCUUCAUCGUCGCGAUGACAGCCGCCGUCCUCGUCUACCACUUCACCUUCCACCGCGGUCUCGACAUCGAGCCGGAGCCGCCCGCGCGCUCGCCCAGUGUCGUCCACGCAACCGCCACCGCACCCGCUCAAGCAUACCUAUUUUCUGAAUCACUCCACCUCCACGCCAACGACAACCACCGCAGCGCAACCGGAUCGGGCCGCCUGCCGCUCCGCGAGGCCACGACUGGAAUUUUCGAUAAUAACGGCAACUGGGAGAUGAAUGGCAGCAGCAGCAGCAUCAAGGCCCGCAAAUACAAGACGCCGAAGAGCCGCAUCCAGAAGAUCUGGGAGGCGCGCAUGAGGGCGAAGGCGAAGCGCGACGCGGAGGCCAUGACGGCGGCGGCGGCGGCGGCCGGAAACUACAAGUUUGCCCGCGACAGGGACGAUUACGUGAGUCGGUUCGUCGACGAGCAGGCACGGCUGCUGCCACAGACGCCGGAUCGGUGGGGUAUCGAUGAGGGGGGUCGAGGCGGAUCGGCGGUUGAGAUGAGGCUUCGGGGAAGGAGGCAGCAGGCUAAUGAGGUGGCGACGACCCAUGCGAGGCGAGGCGGAAGGAAGAGGAGGCUGGAGGGGGACUUUGUGCCGACGCCGAAUCAGGAACCUAGGUUGGCCUAUGGUGGGGAUGGCAAGAGGGACAUGAUGACGGACGAGGGCGAAGACGGAGGACGUAAUGGCCUCCUGGAGAAGCUGAACUCGUUGUUUGAGCGAUUGGUGGGAUAUUAUGAAGAUGAUGGUGGUGAGGAGGAGCUGGUGUUUCCGAUUACAGAAGAGGAGAGGGGUGGCGAGAGGGUUGGUUGGGAGUAA